AUGCUCACAGCGCCCCGCCAAUACGCUGGCCGCCUCGCGUCCCUGCUGAUCGCCGCCGGCGCGUCGCCGAUCUGGCUGCCCGGCAUUCAAAUCACGCGGCUGCCUGCUGACCAGUUCGGCGAGCUGGAUGCUGCACUGCAUCGGCUGCACGAGUUUGACUUUCUGGCGUUCACCUCCAUAAACGGCAUCUACGCGGUGAUGGGGCGGUUGGAGAGCCUCAAAGGAAGCCCGCAGGCGGCCGUGCAAUUUGUCCGCGACAGCCGCAUGAAGCUGUGCGCCCUCGGCGCUGACGGGGACGUCUUGCAGCGGGAGUUUGGCCUGACCCUGGACGUCUCGCCCCAGGAAGCUUCCACCCAGGGCCUGGUGGCCGAGCUCGAGCGCCGCGGCGGCGCGAGGGGGGCCCGCGUGCUGGCGCCGGUGCCGCUCGUGACGGGUGGCCUGCGGGAGCCGCCCGUCGUGCCGCGCUUCAUGGCCGGCCUCGAACGCAUCGGCGCGGCCGCCACCCGGGUCCCGGCCUACCUCACAACCCCCGGCUUCCCGGGUCAGGCGGGGCUGGAGGCGUGCGCGGCUGAGAGGGAGCUGCUGCAGGAGGGGCGGGUCGCGGCCGUCGUGUUUUCGAGCACGGCUGAGGCGCAGGGCCUGUCCCGCCUUAUGGGCGGCCGGGAGGUGCUUGCUGACGCGGUGCGGCGCCACGGCGUGCUGCUGGCCGCGCACGGGCCCUGCACGGCAGCGGGCGCUUCGGAAGUCCUGGGGCUGCCGGUGCCUGUUGUCUCAAAAAGGCGAGAGUGA